AUGCAUGAUCUUAUGCGACUCUCGCUGCCUCGGCAUCGGACCCUAACACCGUUUCUCUGCUGUCCUGGCGGAGUGCCUCAUGGGUAACCAGGCAACUCAAAAGUCGGCUUGGCACUCGACGCGUCCUGUCUUUCAUCAGGUUGGGACCAGGUGUUUGCACUACCCCGCCCUCAACUCCUAUGUAACAUACGUUCGCCUGAGGCACCCCGGGGCAGGGAGCCAAGGGCUCAUUGUCAAUCUCGCGCCGGCAUCUCCAUCAAGAACGUGUGCCCGCCUUUCAGGCUUAACCGCGCGAAAUUUAUUCCCCAUAUUUGAACUUCUUAAUUCAUCAGCUGAGCUUCUUCAGCCAACUCGAAAGCUGGCGCGACGAUACCAGAAGAUGAAUGAUUCAAAUCCCACGCCUCUGACAACUGUUGAAUGCCAGCCCACCAAGGAAGGAGUCGACGACGAUGUAAUUUAUUUAGGUACCUACAAAGUGAAGGACUCUCAUCUGACCGCCGAUCACUCUCAAAGCAAGAACGGACGAAACAGCAGACGACCUCGAGACGAGAUAACAUCAAAUCGAUCAGGGCGCCGAAAGAGCCAUCAGAAGACGACCAGUCCAACCUCCACACUGGAAAUACCUGCCGAGAUGACCUACAAGCAUGUCAAACUGGGGGCGACGAAAGACUCUUCUCAACUACGUCAAGCUGUAUAUGGAUUCUUUGACCACACAGGGAGGCUUCGCCAUCGCAUUGAGAGCAGACGACACACAACUAUAGCGGAUCUUGAUCCUUGCUUGAAACCCGCUCUUAUCAGCCAUGACCGAAUAGAAUACCGCUCAUGCUUCCGCGGAUUAUCACUUCGACAAGUCCGAAAAGAGUUGCGCCGCCACAUAGCAAGAGCGCAUGCACUCGAUGGAGAAAUAUAGCAAAACAAGGCAGCUGGAUUUACUUGAGGAAAAGGAGACCAACAAGGCAUCAACCCAGUCCUAUCAGACGGCGGCGCUUAGCCAGCACGCAGAACUUUUUGUUAUUGGACGGACAUAAGCGCCGUGAGGCAUAAGUCAGACG